CAUCUCGGACGCAUCUAGUAAAGUAGUUUCAGAGAGAGAGAUAGCAUUAAAGUAGUAGUGUUUCAGAGAGAGAGAUAACAUUAAAGUAGUAGUGUUUCAGAGAGAGAGAUAACAUUAAAGUAGUGUUUCAGAGAGAGAGAUAACAUUAAAGUAGCAGUGUUUCAGAGAGAGAGAUAACAUUAAAGUAGCAGUGUUUCAGAGAGAGAUAACCUGUAGAGUUCAUGAUUCAACUUUAAGAAUCUUCGUGGAGGAUUUUGGAUAAUAACCAUGGCAAGGUUUAAGACGAGAGGGUACGUUUGUUGCGCGCUGAUGCUCCUCUGCGCGCUCGCUAUUAUUAUUAUAUGUAUGUCGGUGCUUUUGAGGAAAAAGUGUCCAGAUGGCACUUUCUCAAGUGUUGCAGUGGCUGCAGACUCUGGGACGUGUUCGAGGAUUGGACGGGAUAUGCUGAAAAAAGGGGGCUCAGCGGUAGAUGGCGCAAUUGCUGCGCUGCUGUGCACCUCCGUCAUAAACCCACAGAGCAUGGGCCUCGGAGGGGGGUCCAUAUUCACCGUGAUGGAUAGCUCAGGCAAAGUGAAAAUCAUCAACUCCAGAGAGACUGUGCCGAGGAAUGUAAGGUUGGACCUGCUGAAAACAUGUCCCAAGAGUUUCCAGCUCAUUGCAGGUAGCAAAUGGAUCGGUGUCCCAGGGGAAAUUCGAGGUUAUGAAAAGGCACACGAGCUUUAUGGGAAGUUGCCGUGGGCCACCCUCUUCCAGCCGACCAUCAAACUGGCCAGAGAAGGGUUUCCCAUUCCUGUGAUCCAAGGUCGAUACAUCUCAUACACUGAGUCGAACACGACCAAGCCACUACGAGAGUUGUAUACAGAUAAGAAUGGGAACUUAAUGAAGACUGGUGAUAUUGUGAAGUUUGAGAAACUGGCCGACACCAUGGAGAUGAUUGCAAACCUAGGGGCAGAGGCUUUUUACUCUGGAAAAAUAGCAGAGGAUUUAAUCCGUGACAUACAGGAGGCAGGAGGAAUUCUCACAGUGCAGGACUUGGCAUCCUAUAAAGUUACAGUGACGGAUGCAUGGGUUAUUCCUCUUGGAGAGUACCAGAUGUACAUACCCCCACCCCCUGCAGGGGGCGUCCUCCUCAGCUUCAUCCUUAACGUCAUGAAAGGAUACAACUUGGAUUCAACAUCUUUGAUAGGUGAACAAAAGACACUGGUUUAUCAUCGCCUUCUUGAAGCUUUUAAGUUUUCCAAUGGAUUAAAGAAAUACAUCCGCGAUCCAGGGUUCAGCUCAGAAAAAAUGGCCAAGAAAUUCACAGAGGAUAGCUUUGCCGAGCACAUAAGGAGCUUGAUCAACAGCAGCAAGGCUCAUGAUCCCCACUAUUACAACAUCACCCCACAUUUGGACAACAUGGGCACCACACAUAUAUCUGUGCUGGGUGAGGAUGGAUUGGCUGUGUCUGUCACCAGCACCAUCAACAACAUAUUUGGCUCCAAGGUCUUCUCUCCAAGCACUGGCGUCAUCCUCAACAACCAGCUGUCUGACUUCUGUGGGAGAGAAGAUAGCAUCUCACCAGGGCAGCAGCCUCCAUCCAGUAUGGCCCCCGCUGUGCUGAAGUCUAAGUCAAAGACGCUGGUGAUUGGAUCGACUGGGGGGGGCAUGAUCACGGCAGGGAUGGCCUCGGCGCUCAUUAACCACCUUUGGUUUGGAAAGAGCCUCAAGGACGCGAUCGCUGCUCCUAUUGUUUAUGUCAGGCCUGAAAAUGUAGUAGGGUUUGAGCAAAACUUUGAUGAGAAUGUAAUCAAGGAUCUGGUGGCUAUGGGGCACACACAUAAAGCUAUGGCACGUUUCUACAACGUGGUCAAUGCUGUGGAGAAGGAGGACGGCUGCAUCUGUGCCGUGUCUGAUGCCAGAAAACUGGGUGAGCCAGCCGGUUACUGAGACCAAGAGCAAGUGACAUUGGUUACGCAGGAGGGCCUUAAGGUCACAGAGACCUUCUGAAGCCACAAAACGACAAGAAAAAGCAGCCGAUGAUGUUGAAUCACUGAAUCACUGGCCUCUUCAGCCGAACACUCACAGUAACACUAGCAGUUGAACACUUGGCCUCUGAACAGAACUGAAUGUAACAGUGAUACAAUGGAUUAAAUGGGCAAAAAAGAACAGCUUUGAAUGUAACCUUACGUCUUUGCUUGUAAACAUCUUUCGUAUCAAUAAAUCCUGUCUAUCUAUA